AGAUCAAGGAUACGAUGAAUUCACAUCAAUGAACAACAAAUGCCAUUUUCAUAUGGAGAAGUAUUUCAUAGCAGGGGACUAUUCGAAUGAAACAGAUUCUGCAGAGGUUAAAGCAUCACCAAACAUAAUUAUCGACAUGCUAGUGAAGAAAGGGAAAGAAUUUGAUAUGCAGAUGGAAGAGAAACUAGCCCGCGCUCUACAUAAACUGAAAUGGAGUGAUGGAUUAAUCCCUAGUGAAUCCGUUGCGGAUGUGGCUGUAGAAAUCGCAGUUCCAAAACUCGACUUCCGGUUUGCUUCCAAUGAUGCGAUGAAGAGAUUUUACCAGUCGUCAGAACAACAGAGUUUGAAGAACCUGAUUCUCAAUAUAUUUGAAGAGAAACCGAUCAAAGAUUUACUGACAGGAAGUUCAUUUGAUUUUGUCGUCAGAGUGGAGCUUCAUAUAUCGGAAUAUUUAGUCAGAGGCAUUAUUGAACCAGGCCCGCCUUCCUUGCCAAGACUCGUCAGGGUUGUAGAUGCCACGACCCAUACACUUACUAUAGAAUGGGAUGUACCAGAAACAGACUAUGGUCUCCCCAUACUCUCCUACCACGUGGAAAGGUUUGACUUCAUCAAGAAGAAAUGGCUCAGAGUGGGAUCCACGGAACCGCCAGUGACGGUCUGCAGGGUCGCUAACCUGGAAAUGGGACAUAAAUACAAAAUACGGGUGUUCGCCGUCAAUAAAUUAGGUCGCAGCAAGCCUUCUACUACAGAUGGUCCCGUUACCCUUCUUCGUUUGCCAGGGAGCCGAGGGAAGUCAUUAGCAGUAAAUGGUCACACAGAUUUAUGAAUGAAAGAAAUUAGAGAUUGCAUGUCAUUCAUGAAGAAGCAUGAAAUGCACAUGAACUUCCUGAAUUCUACCUGUCAUUAUUUAUAAAUCAAACUUCUCAGGAACUUUGGUUUUGGCAACAGCGGAUCGAUGUUGUCUGAUUUCGUGACUGAUCAUGUCCUCCGUCUCGUUUUCCUGAUCCGUCCACACAAAUGGAACUCUUUAAAAUCAGGAUAUGGACUCAAUAACAAUGACAAAGCCUCUUCAUUCACGGUGACGUGAUUGGAGAUUGUGUUUCCCCAAUAAGUGCCCAUUUCUAAUCGUAUUUUUGCACACUUGCUAAACGUUGAUACUUCCUUGAGUUUAAUCGCCACUUGUUGAAGCACUUGUGCUGUUUUUGCGAAGUUAUGACUAGAAGUAAUUACAAUUUUCCUCGUACAAAGGCCAGGAAUGAAUCUAUAUUGUUUGAAGACUAUUUCUGAAUCUAAAAUUUAGACACCGUUUCACAAACCCCCCCAUCAUAAAUGAAGUACUACACAGUGGCGGAUUUAAGGGGGGGGGGAGGGCACAGCCGGCGCCCCCCCCCCCCCAUCCCCCUAAAAUUUUCAAAUUUAAGGUAAAUCGGAGUAUCUUGUUUAGAAAAAUGUACUAAACGAUAAAAGAAGCAAUAAUUUCUUCCACUCCCGGAGAAAUAAAUGACAAAAUCUUUUGAUUGCUUGCAUCACUUUAUAGGGAGAACUUAAUUUUGUUCCAGAAACCCUUAAAAUUUUAGUCAUUUUAUUAAUUUCACCUGAUUAGAAAUGAUAGAAAAUAGUACAAAUGACUAAAUAGGAGACAUAUUUCAAGCCUUAUAAAAUCUGUAAAAUCCCGGAGCUUCCGCCCCCUGGACCCCCAUCAGGGCUUCACCCUGGACCCACUGGGGACCUCAAGGCGCCCCCAGCCCCCACUGCCUCAUAAAGUGGCGCCCCCGUAACCGCAAUUUCUGGAUCACAGCGAGUUAUGACGUAGGCCCUAGUUUCACAAAAGAUACAUAGAACCGACGUAAUAAAUAUCGUACAACGUAAGUUUACCGGAAGUUACAUGUAUGUUAUGGAAGUAGAAAUAUGGCAGACGUCAUAUUGUAAAAAAAAAAUUAAAAAAAUUCAGCAAAAGAAGAGAGGGACUGGGGGGGGGGGGAUGUUAGAAAGCUAGGAACAGAAACAUAAUUUGCGCAUCCCCAUCCCACAAAGAUGUCAAUAUGGGAACCCUGCUAUUGAAUAAAAUCCAAACUUGAUCCCCCAAAAAAUCAUGCUCCUUGUCCUUCACAAUAGGAACAGUCCAAUAAGCUCGUGAUUGACCUAUGUGGACCGAUAUAAUUGUCUAAAUUAAGAUGUCUUACGAUCAAUAUACCAACGUAAAGUAGCUCACAUUUCUGGUCCAAGUACGUCAAGAUGGUCAACAAGCCAGCACUUGCUACGAUUUGAAUCAUUAUUAGAAGAGUUUAUCACAGGACCAGAAACACCGUGCAGUUUAAAGGAACACUAGCUGUCAUUUUGUCACCAAAAAUUGAAUUCAAUGAAAAUUCCCCUAUAUUAUAUAUUUCAGUAAUAACACCAGUAUUUAACUAUCUCAAACACUUUUUGACCUCAAAGCAGACACAUGAAUGUGCAAUUUUGGUGAUCAUAUAAUCACUGUCUUGCAAGACAAUAAUUCUUCCUAUAUUUCUUUAUACUAAAAGCAGUUAUCUAGCAUAGUUUUAUUACGUUUCUAUUGUUUUUGUACAAAAUAAAUGGUUUUAUUAGUCAUUAAUAUAUAUCCCUAUUCCAUUGAGGGAUUUUGAGAAGUUAAAAAAGGUUGUCAUCACUUUCACACCUAAUACCCCUUUAAUUAAAUUCGAAGUUUUACCCCCCAAAAAUCUUCUAUUUUAAUAUUUUUGUGUAUGUACAUUCUUCUUUUUUGCGGCAAAUCUAAAUGGCGUUUAUCGCCCUCGCACCAUAUUGGACAAUUUUAUCAGACAGUCGGAUUUAACCCCCUCCCUAUUUUUUUGUGGUGGGAAAUGUAGCAUCUACCGUUGUAACCCCUCCCUUCUGGAUCCUCCCAAAUUCUCUUCAGUCCUGUUGGUGCUACAUGUUGAUGUAAACACUACAGAAUGAGAGAGAUGAUGGUAGAGUCGCACGAUAGAUGACGCAGUCUGUGUUAAAAAUAGUGAAAUGGAUACACAUUGUGAAAGAUCAUUAUAAGUAAACAUAUAAAAAAUUAAAAUGAUCUAUUCUGUUUUAUCCAAGAGAAUGAUUGAUGUUAAAACAAGUAUUGUGACUAAACCUUGAUGGAAAAACGAAGGCACCCUUAAAGCUUAUUUACGCAGAAUAUAAAAAGUAUUACUUCGAAAAUAAUACAAUUUUGUUAUUUUCUGCCUCAUUAUAACAUACGAAGACAGCAAAAUUUAUCUCAGUUUUAUGUACAAAGCUGCAGAGAACUUUACGAGACGACUUGAGGGGCUGACUCCUCAGAAACAUGUAAAAGUGAUGAUUAGCUUCACAAGAACCACCGUUUAUUACUCUCUUGUGCUCGAGAGCUAUCCUUUACGAUUAAUUAUCAUCGUUUGUAGGGGAUUGUUAAACCAAAGUAAAAAUCUAUUAAUAGUGGGG